CUCAAAUUCUUCACGUGUGUUGUGCUGUCAAACAUGCUCUUUUAAAAUGCGUUUUUCGCUAAAAUAGUAGUGAAAUAAGUUUUUAUAUUUGUGAAAGUUUUAAGAGUAACUCGUCAAUAUGGGUAAAAAGUCGAAAAUUGGACGGCAGCGUAAAGAUAAAUAUUACCAGCUUGCAAAAGAAACAGGUUUUAGGUCUCGUGCUGCCUUCAAGUUAAUCCAGCUGAAUCGUAAAUUCGAAUUUCUGCAAAAAUCGAGGGUAUGUCUGGAUUUGUGUGCCGCCCCUGGCGGGUGGAUGCAGGUCGCAAAACAAAACAUGCCCGUCUCCAGUGUCGUACUGGGUAUAGAUUUAUUCCCAAUUAAACCGAUCCCAGGGUGUAUAAGCAUAACCGAGGAUAUAACCACAGAAAAAUGCAGAACGUCCAUUACAAAGGAGUUGCAGACGUGGAAAGCGGAUGUUGUGCUUCACGACGGGGCUCCAAAUGUUGGAAAAAAUUGGUUGCACGACGCCUAUCAACAAGCCUGUUUGACAUUGAGUUCCCUUAAGUUGGCGACCCAGUUUCUUCGCAAAGGCGGUUGGUUUGUCACCAAAGUGUUCAGAUCGAAGGAUUACCACGCUUUGAUAUGGGUUUUGAAGCAGUUAUUCAAGAAAGUUCACGCCACCAAGCCGCAGGCGUCUCGUAACGAGUCCGCCGAGAUUUUCGUUGUUUGUCAAUUUUACAUUGCGCCUGAUAAAAUUGACCCUAAAUUUAUGGAUCCGAAAUAUGUCUUCCAAGAAUUGGAAGUCGAGUCCAAGAACAAGUUGAACGUUUUUCAUCCGGAAAAAAAGAAGAAGGACAAAGCUGAAGGUUAUGCCGAUGAAGAUUACACUCUUUAUCAUAAGUUGAAAGUAUCUGAGUUUGUCAAGCAUGAGAAUGGAAUUGAUGUGCUACAAAACGCCAAUGAGAUUACUUUCGACGACCCAGCAAUCUUGAACCACGAAAAAACCACCGAAGAAAUCAAGGAAUGCUGCAAGGACAUCAAGGUGCUGGGCAGAAAAGACCUGAAGAGCAUACUGGCCUGGUGGAAAAUCCUGCACGAAGAGCACGUCAAGGAACACGCCGAAGGCAAGCAAGAAGAAGAAGAAGAGGCCGAGAAACCGGCAGAAGAGGAGAAAGUUGAGAGCGACGAAGACGGCAUGAACGAAGUGGACAAGACCAUCAAGGAGAUGCAGGAGGAAGAGAACAGGGAAGUGAAGCGCAAAAAGAAGAAAGCCCAAAAAGAACGGCAGAAACUGAACGAACGCCUCAACCUUAAAAUGGUUUUAAAAGGCGACGAAGGGCCUACGUUGGUGGGCGAGGAGAUGUUCGAUUUGAAACAGUUGAAGGACGCCAAACAAAUCGAAUCCGUUCUGGAUAAUCUGCCGGAGUUGGUGGCGGAAUCCGAUGAUGAUGAAGCCCCAAAACACACUAAAUACUUUAAGUAUGAGAAGGGGCAGGGUCAUUUGGACGCGUCGGGGACUUUCUACAAGGAUUCCGAUUCCGAGCUUGAAAUGGAGUCGGAUGAUGAUGAAGGGGAUGAUGUCAAGGAGGGGUUGGGUUUGAGCGAGUCUGAAGAUGAAGACGACUCAAAGAAAUCUAAGAAACUAGUAAAAGUAGUCAAAGAAAGAGAUCAUCCGCUGAUAACGGACUUGGACUACAGGGACAAGGACCAGAAGAAGGCGCAUAAAGCGGAGCUGUGGUUCGAGCGGGACGUUUUUAAGAAUCUAAUCGACGAAAAGGAUGAAGACGCCGACUUGGAUCGCAUGGUGAAAGAGUACAAGAAAAAGGGCGCGAAAGUUAUAGGCGAGGAGGACCAUACGGAAACGGAAAAACCCAAAAGGAAAAGUGACAAAAAACACCCACAAAUAGAAAGCGACGAUAGCGAUUACGACUCUGAAGACAGCGACGAUGUCGGCUCAGAUUACGAUAUAGAAAACGCUUUGCACGUUCCCCUAAACAACCCCAAGAAAGACGGCUUUGAAGUGGUGAAAAAUACUGCCCCAGUUUUGGGAGGAAAGGGCAAAAAAAGACACAAGUUAAACGAAGAGGAAUUAGCCUUGGGAACAAUGAUGGUAAACAGCAAAAAAGCCAAAAGAGAUCUCCUCGAUGCUGCCUGGAACCGAUACGCUUUCAACGACGACCACCUACCCGACUGGUUCGUACAAGACGAGGACAAACACAUGAAACUGGAAGCUCCAGUACCAAAAGAAUUGGUGGAUGACUACAAAAAACAACUGGAAGAAAUCAACGUGCGACCAAUCAAGAAAGUUAUCGAAGCCAAAGCGAGAAAGAAGAAGAGGGCUAUAAGAAAACUGGAAAAAGCCAAAAAAAAGGUCGAAGCUUUAAUGGAAAAUGUCGAUGUUGCCGAUAGAGAAAAGGCCAAACAAAUUAAAUCCUUGUACAGGAAAGCAAAACACGAACCCAAACCGGAAAUAACUUACGUGGUGACGAAAAAACACAUGGCCGCCAAAAAGAUCAGCAGACCCAGCGGGGUUAAGGGUCAAUACAAGGUUGUCGAUAAGCGGAUGAAGAAGGAUUUGCGCGCGCAGAAGAAUAAAUUGAAGACCAUGGGUAGGGGCAAAAAGGGCGGCAAAGGUAAAGGGGCUAAAGGGGGCGGCGGUAAGGGCAGGCCACAGCAGCAAAGAGCUAAACCCAAAGCUAAGUAGUUUAAUGGUUUUAUGUAAAUAAUAUGACUACACAAUAAAUAAAUCGAUUUUUUAUUU